GCAGUUGGUAGUUCAUCUUGGCCAGCCGACGGCAACGGUUGAGUUUUUUGUUUCGCCACUUCACAAAAAUGCCACUGGCGAAGUUUAUUUUACUAUGCUGCUGCAUCCAGUUAUCUGUGGGUGCGGACAGCUUCGAGGUGCCCAAUAGGAGCACGGAUCUGGACCUGGAUCUGGAGGCCGAGGAUAGCAUGGUGGAUGCAGCAAGGUCCUUGGAUCCGGGACAGCCCAAGCAGCUGAAGGUUCUGCAGCAUUCGGCGGGAUACACAGACUAUGAGUACUAUCAACGGCCCAGGCCCGGGGUCAAUGAUCAUUAUGGCAGUGACAACGAUCUCAGUGCAUCCAUGAAGCGAUUGCAUGAGGAGACCAAUCAGCGACCAGUCAGUGCCGUGGCCGUGCCACACAAGCCACUGCCUUGGUAUGGCGAGUAUUCCGCCGGCAAGGCCAGCGUCUCCAACGUGCCCAUGUAUCCCUCCAGAUCCUACGAUCCCUAUAUACGGCGCUACGACAGGUUCGAUGAGCAGUACCAUCGCGCCUAUCCGCAGUACUUUGAGGACAUGUACAUGCAUCGGCAGCGCUUCGAUCCGUACGACAGCUACAGUCCCCGUGUGCCACACUAUCCGGAGCCGUAUGUCAUGUAUCCCGACCGCUAUCUGGACACGCCCAGUGCCAGGGACUACAUCAAGUCACGUCGUGGCUACAUGGACGAUCCCGUGCCGCUGUCCGACUCCUACAACUCCAAGUAUGGCCCCAGCCCAAAGCUAUCCGACCUGACGCUGCCACCGCGCAAUCAGCGUGUGGUGUACUACGCCCAUCUGCCCGAAAUCGUGCGCACCCCGUACGAUAAUACGCGAGCGGAGGAGCGCAACUCGGCCAUGUCGGCCGCACCGUACAAAUUGAAUAAAAAGAAAAUUAAAAGCAACCAGCGACCCAUAGCAAAUAAUUCGACCAGCUAUAAAAUGACAUUAUAGAAGCGAAAUCGCAAUUUAAAAUUAUAUUUCUGCUGUUACUUCAAAAAGCACUCGAAUCGGCGGCAAUAGAGUUAAGUUAACAUCAUACGGAUCCGCACACCCUCCCCCUACUAUAUUUCUAACAUAUUAUUCCUUCAUUUCAUAUAUUUAACAUUAGGACAUUUUUUUUUUGGUCUUUUUUUUGAAAAUAUAAUUAAUGGAUGAAGUUUG